UUGGAAAACGACUGCCUUCGAAGAAUUAAAAAAAAAGUUACUAGUGCUUUCUUUAACUCCACCUAAAUCAAGAAAUGGAUAAACUCAGAUAAACCGUUUUGUUGUAAUCUUCAGAUGUAUUGUAUAUUGUAACUUGUAAAUUGUAAAUUUUUUACCAUUAGGCGAAGCAACCAAAAAAAUCACUUUCCAAAGAAACGUGGAGGAAAAGCUAUCGUAUAUACGUUGCUUUAUGUUACUUUGUUGUGCUGUCAAAACGUGGAACAUUUUUUCUUAUAUUGUACAUCUCAAAGGUACCUAAUGUAAUGCAUAAAUAUAAUAAAACUUAUACGGAUUUGUGUUGUUGGCACAUGAAGACGUGUCGACGUUUAUUCAGUACCAAACCUCUUCACCUUGACCUAAAUUGCUUUCCCGAUUUGCUUAUGUCAUCACCCAAUGCGGACAAGGUUUUUAAUUUUGUACCUAUCUUCAUACACAUAUAAAAAGGUAAUGCAGUUUCGUACAUGUUCAAGUAAACAAAUGAUGAUUUAUUGAAUAAUACAUACACGCAGAAGAUGAUUGGGCGUUAUUUCCACGUAAUUCAAAGUUAAAUCACCAUAACACGACAAAGUGGCGAAUCGUGGCAGGAUCCACAAGCAAUAUUUAGUAGGUGUCAAGGGUACAAUAGAAAAUUCAUGUUGAGCUCAAUAAUUCAGAUUCAUGAUCACAAAUCCACAAUAUAUAAAGACCUACGACCGUGAACUUUGAAUAUCAAACACACUACACUCUGCACCCUCAAACUCCAAUGCACAACUCAUCACGAACUCUUACUCAAAAUGACAGAAAUGCCCUCGUGCACUAUUGAAAACCCUAGUUUCGAGCCUACAAAGGUUAAGAAACAAUACAACAUAUACUCCUCGUUUCUCCCGAUCCUAUUAUCUAUAUUCACCUACAUUUUGAUCUUCUACGUUCUUGACGUCUCCCCUUCAUUGAUCUUCAACAACACAAAGAUCUUGUUCUUUGUCUCAAACGCACUUGUUCUCAUCAUAGCGGCAGAUUACGGUGCAUUCGCUGAGAGAGAGAACCACGACUUCUACGGAGAAUACACCGCCGCUAUGAGAAGCAACACGAUAGAAAACUAUAAACCGGAAAACUCGGGCUAUGAGAUGGGUUUGGCGGAAGAAAUCAAGAAACGUGAGACACAAGAAGAAGCAGUCAGAGCGAAAGAUAUACCCCGUUACUUGCUUCACAAGGACGAGGAAGUUCCUGAGAAAACAUUACAAGUCGUAAGCGAGAACAUUCCGAGAAGCAAACUUAUCCAAAAACACGAGCCAACGACUGAGCACAACAUUUGUAAUGGAGAAACUUGCAAAGCAAAAAAACUGGUGAACCAUAAACCGUACGGGAGAAGCAAAUCAGAUAAAGCACGCUCAGAACGUCGUCAUCGAGAGAUCAAACCUAGACCUAAAAGUUACGUUCGAAGCAAGUCUGACGAUAGCUCGAAAUGGAUGGUUGUUCACAAGGGCAAGAAGAAGGCUCAUGAGGAGGCGGAGGAGAAGUGGGAGAAUGUAAGAGAAGAAUCUGAAGAAUUUGCGAAGAUGUCGAACGAGGAGUUGAACCGACGAGUCGAAGAUUUCAUCCAACGGUUCAACAGAGAUAUCAAACGACAAAGUUUAGUCUAAGUUUAAUUUCAUUUAAUUUGUCGUAAUACGAUAAGUCUAGUCAACCUUUUUGUGCCAUUUUUUGUUUAUUAUUUUUACUUUGCUUUUAUAUGCGUUUGUCGUUAGAGUUGGUAAUAAAUGAGAUCAUGGAGAUA